UCAAGGCUGACUCGGGAACAUUAUGUACUAUAGCCAGUGAGGAGGAGUGGCUUUGAGGGAGCUUUCAGGCAGUGUUGUAGCCAAUCUACAAAGCCUGCUGAAAGCCCGCCCACAUACAUUGGACAUAUAGAAUGUCAACACGGACGUUAAGCCCUCUGUAGGGUUUGUUUAGUCAACCAAAAUGUGUUGCAAUGUUUCUCCCUGGGUAGCUCUGUCCUUUACAAACAAGCGUGUAUAGUGAGGGUAAAAUAUUUAUGCUCCAUUUUUAGAAGAUGUUGGCCACAACAGCAGCCCCAAUUAUGGGGCUUCAGGAUCUUUAAUGACGCUGUGUUGUUGUACAAAACCAGUCUUUGUCUCGUAGCACUCCAGACAUUGAGUAUCUGUGUUCCAUGAGUUCCUGUUCUGCUGCUCGGCCUGAUGCAUGUCCACUGAAUUCAUGUCUGUGGUGAAUCCACACGCACGCAGACACGCUUUAAUGCGCCGAGCAAGUGGCUUUACCCAUCACACGUUGUUAUACCGCAUGACUGCGUCCUUAGUUGUCCUACUCACUCGCUCUCUCGCUCUCUCUCUGGGAUGGUGUUCCGAUCCUCAUUCCCGGCACUCCCCAAGGCUCUUUGAUACCCUACUGACUCUGACUGCUGCUAUUCUUCCCACUGUUCAGCUUCACUCAGCCCCAGACCCGGCGGGGGGCUGGGGCUAUCUGUCCAGCUUUUUCUAGGUGUGUGCUGACUGGCUUUGACAUGAAUGCGUUAACCAAGGACAGUAGACCUCAUGAGGACUGUAUUUAUCCAGACAUUGUAUUUUUUUGUAUUUACUAUUUUUUCCUAUAAUGCCUGCAUUAAUUGAUUGCCGUCGUGAUCGAACAACCCUUCAUCAAACCUCAUACAAUUGUAUAUUAUGUCAUAUUAUCUUCCCUUUGUGUCUAAAUGAUGAUGCAAAUUAAAAUGUAGCUUCCCUUUUUGAAAGAAAGAUCACUGCGUCGGACCAGAAAGCGAUAACCGAUCGCUUCCAUUACUUCGCCAAUUGACUUCAAUUAAUUUUUUUCCCCUUCCCCGAUCAGGUUUCACCAGCUUCUGUCGAUUCCUUGGGGGACAAAUACAUCUCCAUGAAUAAGUGGAUGAUUUGCUCUUUAACAAGGAUGUCUUAACGUCAACUGGAGCGUAUCCUGCUGGGGUUUAAUGAGUCAGCCCCUCGGGUGACGUGGUGUGUUUUGAUUCUGGGUCUAGCUCCAAGGCAGAGGCAGGCCUGUUUAUUCAUGCAGUGCUACAGACAAACCGGCUCUAAUGUAAACCGAAUGCAGUGAGAUGGAGUCGUGUGUCACACCGCUAUUGUGAGACUCGAAUCCUGACGAGAGGACCACCAAUUUCACCCAUGGUUCAUCAUGGAAUUGGAAGUGUAAAUUAUGUUUCAUGUGCCUCACCCCAUAUAGGAAAGCCACAAAGUGAUAUGUGCAUUAUCGCUUCCUGUUGCUCAUACCUGGGCCUCUUUGUUAGCUUGAUUUAGGUGUGUUUGAGAUAAGAGUCUUCCACAUAUUUGUUUUUCUGUUUUCCUUGUCGAUGUGGAGCCAUUGCAUCACCUGAUGUCAUCAGGCAGGCGACGGCUAUUCUGAUAAGCACCUGGAGCUGGAUUGAUUUGGGUCAGUAGAGCUUCUCAGAUAAUCAGUAGUGGUUGUCUCUAUUGGCAUUUAUUCAUUCUUCAGUAUGGUCUUCUCAUCUUAACAAGGGCUAAUCUGCUUUUUGUAUGACACAAAUCUCCAAAUGUUGAAAGCAAUGUUGUGGUUGUAUGCGGUAGAUCUGUUUAUGGUAUAGUUUCUUCCUUUCGGAGUGUGUUUUUAUGUGCGUGAGUCCGAGGGAGCUCUUCAGCUGAGCCAAUGUGUGCUCCAGCAGCUGAGUAGAUGUGUCAGCAUAGGGGAGGAUUACAGAGGCUAAGCAGGCUUUGGGACAAACUGCUUCUGCUCAAACCUCAUUCUAUUUCCUUGUUGUGGCACUAUGCUAGAGAUUGGAGCAGGCUCUAUGAUUGGAUCCUCCCCGGCUCUUCGGUGCCGCUGCCGCUUCCUCCAAGCAGUUAAAUCUUUUUUGUCAGUCUGGCUGAAGCCCAUCCCCUACUUUUUACAAGCAGGUCCUACCAUCUCUCCCCGCCCUUUACCCCGCCCCCCUACGUCCCCACCUCCGCCCACGUGGCAGCUGGAACUUCUUGCGAUUGCAUUCUCUCUCGGCCUCUCUGUUUCAGUAUUUCACUCUGGCUCUCUGUUCUCAGUCAGCUGUUCUGGAGGAGGAGGAAGCACUUCAGUCCACAUUUCUUCUCGCUUCUGCUUCAUGAGCUAUGAUUUAUAGUUGGUGAAGUGUUUUUAGCAACUGCUGCAAUGCUAUGGCCUUCUGAAUGGUUUAUUGCCCGAUUUGAUGUACAAGUAUAUUUUCUUAUAAUUUCUCAUAGCUUUUUACGUUCUCCACGUCCCCGCCCUGAAGAACCCAUAUACAAACAGUCCUAGUGUUUUACAGAGUGCUUCACAGAAUCAGCUACACUAUUCCUUUCCACUGAGGGAUUGGAACCACAGUGUAAAACACAGUGGUAUCUUCAGGUGUCAGCCAUUGCUGACACCUAAACAAUGAAACAGUCAUAUUCUUUGUUAGUCUGUCUGCUCUCAUGCAUCCCUUUCUGAGUGUGUUUGUCACCCUUUUAUCAUUUCUAGCAGUGGCUAAUGGGCUUAGCGGUGAGCUGAUGCAUUCAGAGAUACGAUGGUAAACUGGUUUGAACGUGGUCAAGGCUUGCUUGCUGUGCAGUUGACAAUUUUAGCCACUGCCAGUACGUCAUCUUAUCUCUGAACCUUGGCGAAAGAUACUUGACCGUUGCAAUGGUGACAUCGCAUUUAUCAGCAUACACCGUGACCUGGGCAUGUGUGAGAUACAAAGAUGCAGGGUUAUUUACUGCUUCUAAGGUAGGUUAGUCCCUUGAAGUAAAUGGCAAGCGCGAGGGAUGUAGGGCAGUCACAUAGUUUGCCAGAAACUUUUCAGACAGACAGUCUCACACCCUGUGUGUGUGUGUGUUUGUCUGUGUGUGAGGCAAAUCUCCAUUGUAACUGGGACUGGCGGAAGCUUUGUGUUACUGGGCAAACAUCCUGCCAGUGACCAGACAGCUGGGUGGUAGGAUAACGUGUAUAAAAAACCUGCAGGUGGAUUAAGCUUCCUCGUCCGGUCGAUUAAGUUGGGCCAUCAGUUUGUAUCGUGGGGUCCCGUGGAUGCAGUACACUCAUUUUGCUGCAGUACGGCAGGCUCCCAAGCCUGCAGGAUAUUCGAUGCGAUUUGACUGCAUCCAGCAAACGGGGACUAAACUGUUUUUAGUUUGGUAUGAGACAACGGCAAAGGGCUUUAUAAUUUGAUGGUUAUAUAAUUAUCUGGACUGCUGAUAAUUAUGCUUUCUUUUUUUACUGCCCAAAGGGAGAAUAAUUUGGAAUUGUUCUUGCAGUUGCUUUAUUGAAGAAUAAAUUAUUCUAAGUUUGCCGCUCCGUCAUACUGGGAUGGAUUUUAGAAGAUGAAUUACCCUUACCCUUUGGUUUUGUCACAAAUAUAUUUGUAUAAUGUUGUUUGGUCUUUUUCUAAAUUAUUUCUCAUCUAGGCCGGUACAAGGACGCAUGAAGCCAGAUGUAUUGCAUGAGCAAACAUCCUUCUUGCUCCUCCUACUUCUGUAAAUAAUAUGAGAGUGAACCAACUCAUCAUUGAAACACUUAAGUGUUUCACUGCAUUUUAAUCAGCCAACCUAGCUGUUAGUUAUACCCAGUCGCCAUCGCAGUUUGCUCCUAAACUCAACGAGUGCAAUACAGCCUUCUGUCUGUAUUUUAAUCAAUCAAAGGGUUGGAUUGGGAAAUAUGCAGUCCACCUUUUGAGACCUUAGUUGAUAAGAUUAAAUAGAUCUUGGAAUGCAUUAUUACCAGCACGCUCAGUAAUGCAAAUACCCUAUGUAAUAUUUUAGGAUGGCAAAAUAAUAUUGCCUGAAAAGGGAAGGGAGAGGGAAGAGAAAGGGAGCUACUGCUAAAGUAGAACAGGAUGGAUGACUGACGAGGGAAGGAGUAGAGCAGAUAUCUGUAGCUCUGCAGAGUCAUGAGUCUUGCCUGAGGUUCUUCCUGAGCUCGGAGAGCAUCAAUUCUUGGAGCUACCGUUUCGGACAACACUUUCUCUCGCUCAUAUUUCUGACCACACUUUGCCUAAGCCUCCUGAGUUUGGCCUCUUAAGCAGCCUCCAAUGUAUUUCUACUCAAGGGUGGUUCCGCCCCCAACCCUCAGUGUUGCAUAAGAACCAGAAGUAGGUCAAACCCCGCCUCUCAAAGCGGACGUAGCACAUGCACACUCGCACCAUGGCCGUUUCUUUCCCCUUCCUCGUCUUUUCAAAACUUUUUCUCUUUCACCAUUGAGACGAUGAUGGUGGGGGGGAAGGGAACACUGAACUUGCUUUGUCUAUUCCACUGAAGAAGUUGAAAAGGAAUGUUUUGUUUGGACAUUCAUUGAUUAAAUUGUUUAUUUAUCAUCCAAUGCACGAUUCGCAAAAGGCUGCAGUAUAACUGCCUGUAUGUGCAAUUAAGGUAUAACUCCUGAUAAUUGCUAUAUCUCAAACCAAUAUUGAUGAAAUUGUAAAUAAUGUGUGAUUAGUGAGAAUUGUCUUUAUUGUAUGGCUCGAAUGAGUAAAAUAAGCGCAUGUUUAACGAGUUUGUGCAGGUACAUGAUGGUCAAGUAAUUAAUUUUGCCACUUGUUUUCGUAAAAAUACUUUACAUCCAUUGGCUUUAAUUAAAUACAUUUUAUUUGCAAUGGCUUAACAUUGUCUUAAUUCUAUGCAGGCUGUUUUCGAUUGAUGGCCAAAAGAAAAGGCAUUUUGUCGCUGCUUAUAGCAAAUUAAAGACGUCAUUACAGUAAGCUUUCUGUUCUACCUCCAUGGACUGUUAUAGAAUCAAGUGGGGAGCUACAUAAUCUUGAUAUACCACCCUGCAGAAAUGAGUACCUUCCUACAUUUUAUUCAGCAUCCUACCUCUAUUUUAUUUAAAGGAAUACAUAGGGACGAAACAUUUAUGGGCAGAACUAUGUGAUUUUCUGUAAAUUAAUCAUGAUUUAUUUAUUCAUAUCUAUGCCACACGCUACUUGCCCUUGGUAGAGGGUACAUAAUAGGGAUGGGUCAGAAUAUUUGAUUAUUCGUUCCUGAGGGUCAAAAUCGAACUUUUGGACCAUGAACAUAUUUUCCCAUUCAAAUAUAAAGUUUUUCACAAGCCAUUACUUUGUUUACCUGGUAACGCCUGAGGGUUUGUCUUAUACCUGGUACAAUCAUUACCUUCCCGUAAGGUUCUUAUGCAACGGAAACGUUGUUCACUCCUCAAGUAAAUAGUACGGACCUUAGUUACAACUUGGCAACGGGAGGUAUUCUAGUCCCUAACAUUAUGCAUUGUACAUAUUUAUAAUUCUAAAUUCGUCCAAAGCCUUUAUACAACAGAUGCUCUAGGUCUAUAGCAUAUAACCGCGUUGUCUGUUUACAGUUGAAUUCAUUUUUCACAAUUUACCAGCUCUCGUUUUGAAGACCGAAUCACCGUGACAUUCGUUUCAAUGGGAUUCGCGACAGUCUAUACUUUCAACAUAAAGUGUACAUAUUUAUAAUUUGAAAUUCUACCCAGCCGUUAAACCACAGAUACUAUAGGGCAGAGGUCACUGAAUGGCGGACUCCGAUCCGGACCGAGUGAAGGAUCUUUCUGGGCCGCGACACAUUUAAAAAAAAAAAAAUAGAAAUUAAUAAUAAUAUUGAAGGAGCGUUUUUUUCAACCGGCGCGGCUUUGUCGCAGCUUGUCCAGCUUCACGCUACUCGGCCAAUCAAAGCGAUUGUUUAGAGUGUGUGGAAAGAGAGGUGGGUAAUUGUGGAAAUGGCUAGCUAGAGAGAAUCUUUAAUGGUCCAUGGAGAGAAAGAGAGAGGAUCAGAGAGAGGAUCGAAAGCAAGAGCUAGCAAGAGAAGAGAUAACAGCAUGUCGUGCUCAAAGAUAAGAAAAGUAGACUCCGAAAAUCGAGCUUUCAAGGAUGAGUGGACAGAGCAAUACGUCUUCAUUCUUCCUGCUGCGAGUAGUAAACCAGUCUGCCACAUAUGUUCCGAGACCGUGGCGAUCAUAAAAAGUGGCAAUGUGAAGCGCCACUACGAAACCAAGCACAAGUACAUUGAGCAAACAUACCCACUGAAGUCAGAGGUGAGGGCACGGAAAAUAAACAAACUCAGAUCCCAGUAUGAUCGGUCCACCAGAAUACUCUCACAUUCAUUAACGGCCCAGCAACGUGCAAACGAAUGUUCACUAAAAGUAACAUGGAUUUUGGGUCCACACAAGCCAUUAACUGACGGGGUCGUUGUUAAGGAGUACAUGAAUGCUGUUGCUGAAACAUAACAUGAGGGUAAACAAAAAUAUGAGUUGUGUGAAAAAAUCAAACAAGUCCCAAUGUCUGCUCAAACAUAAAAUGAGACAGACAAUAUUAACAGAGGAUGUACUGCCGCAGCUUGAUGCAGCUAUUCAGAGUGCACCAUAUCCUUAGCUGUUGAUGAAUCUACACAGAUAUCACUGAUAAAGCCCAGCUUCUGAUGUAUGUUCGAUUUUUCCACAAAAAGAAAGAAUUCUGUGAGGACCGGUUCUUCAAGUGUAACAUCAGUUGACUUGAGACACAUACAAGAGGAGAGGACAUAUACAAGGCCAUAAAGGAGAUGUUGAGAAAGGGGGAUAGAUUUGAAACAAGUGGUCUCAAUCACCACAGAUGGAGCACCUGCCAUGGUAGGAAGAGAGAGAGGAGCUGUGGCACGGAUGAAAGAGGACAACCCUGAUCUCAUAGCUUACCACUGCAUCAUCCAUCAAUCUGUUCUGUGCGCUUAUCUGUCAGAAGAGUAUAUGAAGUGAUGAAUACAAUGAUGAAACUCAACAACUGCCUCAGAGCAUCCUCAUCCCAUCAACAUCGCCUUCUGAGAGAAUUCCUGAAAGAAGUUGAUGCAAAUGCCGACGACUUACUACUGCACAACAACGUAAGAUGGCUCAGCAAAGGCAGGGUGUUGGAACGCUUUUGUCCAUUCGUAAAGAAAUGGCCACUAAUUAGUACAGCUCAAGAGUCAAGUGUUUCGUAAAUUAAGCGCAUCAGCUGCAUUUCCCCCAUAUAGCCACAUGGGAGCACGAUCAAACACAUAAGCUGCCUUACCCCCACAUAGCCACAUGGGAGCAGGAUCAAACACAUAAGCUGCAUUACCCCCACAUAGCCACAAGGAAGCAGGAUCGAACACAUAAGCUGCAAUUACUAUACAUUGCCACAAGGGGAGCAGGACCAAACAUACAAGGGGUAAUAACUACUCCAGUCACAGAUGGCAGCACCUUUAGACAGAUGAGGAAGCCUGAGCCAAUGCGUCACAUAGGUCACGCCUACUUGAUACAAACGCAGAGCGGGAGCCAGAAGAGGGCAGAAACAUGGCAGCCCCGUUGGCAGCCCCGUUGCUAAUAGGUCAGCGGUAUGUCGCUCCAUGCGCGUGUUAAAUACAAUUCACUCCUUCUGCUUCAUAUUUACCAUGCCGAAAUACUUUAACAGAAGGAACCACAGUUUUUACUUUUUCUGCAAGAUGAGAGCAAAAUCGAUAUUGCAGGGGUUGACACUAACCAGUACCAUUAUGUGAUCACAUAAUUCAACGAAUAAUCAGCCAAAGUCUGCAUAUUCAUGCGGGGCCGCAUUCUUUCAAGUAUGCCUCACUUUCACCGCCUAAAUUGCUGAUUUCCGUGAAAAAUAUGUGGGGCUGCAUGAUUUCAUAAUCACAUAUAUCUUAGCAGAAAGUUGAAAAAUGUUGUGUUUACUUCACACAAGAGCAGCCAUUUCCCCCUGUUGCCAUGGGAACGUUAUGAAGCGACGUAAUUACGUGACGUGAAAAGCUGCAUUUUCGUCAUCGAAAAGCUGCAUUUUUCGCAAGUUCCUGCAUUUUCAUCACAUAAAAUUGCAUAAAUAUGCAGUAUAUUUCAUCUCAUUUUUUAAGAAAACGUGCCGCAUAAUCAAGGGUUUUUCUGGAGGGACUGUUUAUUACGCACGUAGAAUAACUACAUCUACCCCUGAAUCAUAGCGCAAGUUAGAAAUUUGAAUGGUUCGGACCUUCGCUGGGCGGAAAUUUGAGUCACUGGACCUCUUUGAAUUCUAAUUUGGUACCCUUGCUAUAGCGUUUACAAUGUAACCGCCAUUUCUGAUUAGAUUAUAAUGCAUUUUUCACAACAGACAAUUUGACUUUUUUGCGUUUAAGAUAUUAAGUGAUUUCUUUCCAAUGAUCCAUAGAUACCUUUGUGAAUGUCGGCACACAUCGAAUAAUCAAUUAUUUGUUCAUACCACCCACUGAUUAUUCGACCAUGAAGAAUUUGAGUUUUUCACAUCCCUAGUACAUAAGCAUCUGUUGUUAAAUGACAAAUCAAAUCAACAAGAGGUGUUGGUAGGUCCGUAAUAUGCCAUUUUUCUUUUUACAAAUUAGUUGACCUUUACUGCUUUUAACUGAUACUGAAACUAUCGCAGACGGUUUCAAGUUUCUUAAAAUCCGACGUAGGCUAGUUUUGAUGAUGUCACACAACCACUGUUUGGCCAAGGACAAGUCUCUUCCGGAAGAAUGUAAAAUGCAGAGGAUGUCAUCUGCUGUUAAAGUCACCUUGGCUUCCAGUUGACUGCAGAUGCGUCAGAUGAAUACAUUCCUCUUCUUGCGGUGAAAAUGCAUCCAUUCUACAUUACUAAAUGUGUAAUGUAUUUUCGUGAUUACUCACUUCCUUGGUGUCGUGUGGUCUGCAUCUUGUGACAUUCAAUUGAUUUAUUUAAAAAAAGCAACGGCUUCAAGAUUCAGUUCAGCAUUUACAUGUGCGCAUUGCAAUAUGUGAAAGGUGCAGGUGAGUUUGUUUAAGUCUUUAAAAAAAAAACGUAUCAGACUUGGUGGUUCUGAAAGGUCAUCCUCAAUGAACUUUCCUAGCUUGGUCUUGAACAACCAGAAGCUUCAACUGCCAUUCUUUGCAGAUAAGCUACGUUAAUCAACAUAGGUCCUGGCUCCAAGUAUAGCUCAGGAUCAUAUCACCAGCCCCCCCCCCCACCCACAGACCCAUAUAAUCUGUAUGCUUCUCUGGUUUCUGUAGGUGUCUUGUCAUUUUGACUAACCCUCAUGUGGACAUGUGGGUGAGUAACAUGCCAACCAAACCAAAACGUGUUUUAACGACCAGUGUGGAUGUGACCAGUGUAAACCCAGUUCAUUGGAAAAUGCAAUAGAAAAAUGUGACACGUUAAACCAGUUUUUCCACAAAAAAUAAAUAUUGUAAUAUGUUUAGGCUUUAUCGAGUAUACUAUUUAUAUCUCAAUAUUUUGAAAUCUCCUGUAAAUGCUUGAUUUGACUUUUUGAGUGUACAAUCAAACCAGUAUGAUGAUUAUAAUAGUUCCUCCCAACAUAUGGUGGCAAUGCAACAUUCUUGUUUAUAUUGUGGAACCGUUUUAAAAUGCAGAAAACUUACAACCAAGUUAAAUUCAACGAAAUUGUUAAAUGAAGCUAGGCCUGCUGCCUACAUACUGUAGUCACUUGCAAAAAGUGCACUUUUUGCGAAUGAUGUUUGUGCACAAGGUCAAUUUAAAAACUGUAAAAUUAAAUGGCAAAGAGUGUGUACCAUAAAAGGCACACUGUUUUAGCUGUAAUUCGAAUACUUGAGUUUUGGGCUGAGGUUUGUACGAAGGGUUAGCGUUUCACGACCCACAGCAAUCUUGUGAUGCCUUUUUAGUACAGUAGUUUUGGACCGCAAGAUUAAUCGUAUCAAAGUCGGGAGACGAUUUCAGUUUUGAGAAAUCGCAGUUCGUUUGACCAAUCAAUGUACUGAUCAUCAGGGAUGGGCAUUCGAUUUAGUUUUCUUGGUCGAUCGUCGGGAGAAUUAAUCAAUUAGUCGAUUAAUCGUUAUUAUUUUAAAAAUUAUAUUCAAAAUUAAAUGAAAAUACAAAUGCAGCGUGUUUUCCUCAUUGGGAUCUUUAUUAUUAGAUCAACAACUCAGUUAAACCAGAUCCUUUGAAUACUUAUGCGCUACUCUGCUCUAAACAACGGAGCAUGCAGCUCGAUGCCGGUGCUCAUAAACAUAACUAAAAAUAAACACAACCCUAGUUUCUUCCCAAAAUAAUAACAAUAAUAAUAUCAAAAAAACAAUCAUGUUAUAACUUAACCAACCAGUCUACGGAUUUUUGUUCAGAAAGAUGAGCAUGUUGACAUGCUCUGGGGUCAGACGCGACCGCAGCCUGGUGACAGUCAGUCCAGCCGCCGAAAACACCCGCUCUGACGCCUCGUGCCCACUACCUCCGUCCGUUGACUGAUCCCCAUUGACUUUGAAUGGGGACAGACGCCCAAUGCAUUGUGGAUCCGUUCGUUCCGUUGGAGCCUUCGGCUCCGUCAAAAAGUUGAAAAAUUUUAAACUUUUUCGGCAGCGACGGAUCCGUCAUCCAAUCAGAUCGCGUAUGCAAAUUUAAGCACUGUGACGUGACUCGGGCUCUGACGAUACUGGAAAGCGGGAAAGCGGGUCAUCUUGCAAUGACAACGCAACAAGCAGGAAGAAGCGGGAAGAACCCGGCUUUGUUGUUGUUAGCGGGAAGCGAUUUGAUUGACUGACGGAUGCCUCUGCAAAGACUACUCCCCCAUCCGUCAGCCACGCCUUCCCACGUCCUUUGACUGACGGUGCAGUGGGCAUGAGGCGUGAGGGGACCGACGUUGCCGUGAUGCACAAAUACCUCCGUGCUAACUUGGCAAGGCGGGGGAACAACUUUCCACAAUUAGGGGUGUGACCGGGUACACCUGUACACUAGAGAUGCGCGGUUGGCGGUUGCAACCGCGGACUCCGCGGUUAAACCGCGGAUCGGACGGGUGACGUGACAAAAAAUAAUAUUUUAAUUAAAUUCGGGCGGUUGGCGGUUUAACCAACGAAAUUCAAAAAUAUAUACACAUUGUUAAAUGUCGUUACCUACUUCCAAGCACAUUUUGAAAUAAUCCAAUUCUCAUCAGGCAGUAAAUUGGCCUCUCUGUCUCUAUCACACACACACACACACUAACGGAAGCAAAAGUUAAAAUUAAGUAUAAAUUAAGUGACGAUCCGUCCCAUGUCGCAUCUCCACAAACCUGCAAGUUAUGAGACAGCUGUCAGUAUUGGAAGAAGCUUUAACGUCUCGUAGAUGAAACUGCCUGGGUUAUUUUGUUUCGUAUGUUAUAUUUUAAAACAGCCAGUCAUUGUAGCCUACCACUCGUGGAAUAUGGAAUUUCAAAGAGAUGAUGGAGUGAUUUGACUCAGAAGUGACAUCAGGCAUUGGCAGCGUGAGAUGUGCAGAACAAGUUAAACUUCUAGCUCAGUAACAUCAACACCUAAGAAAGAAGGUAAGAAAAAUAGUCGGAAAACUUUGAUUUGCAAGGCAAGCAGGCAAGUGUUGGGCUUGUUACAGUAGCCUAUAUAGCCUUCAAUGCGGUGAAAUUUCGGAAUUAAUAGGCUCGAGUCGGUGUUUCCUUAAGGCGAGACACAGCAGGUGAAAUAUCGAUUUUUUUUCAUGCCCUGGUCAAAUUUGAGAUUUUGAGCUAAUUUGCCUCUUUAACUUGUUAUCUUUCAUACUACCGUAAAGAAAACGUCAAAAUUACACAUUUAUAUGUCUGUUUCACUGCAUUUAGUUCAGCCGCGGCAUCCAUUUCGUCCUAAAGAACUAAAGUCGAUUCAUUGGCUGACGGCGCUUUUCUGCUAACGUGAUUCGCUCAGUGCCUCACGUGUUGUCUUUUUGACAUUUCCGUGUUAGCUUGCCGCGGGAAUUUUAGAAAUGCCUCGUCUUACUAAAUUGUCCGCUAAAAGAAAGACACAAAUGGGUCUAGCAAGAUCCACGAGAAUAUAUCAGCCGGCCGAAUUGCCUCAUAACCCUCCAGUGAACAGCGCGUCCGGUCGUAAGUUGUUUACUAACCGUGAGGUGAGCGCCACUGACUGCGCGACACAGCAGUGGUUGAUUGUCCAUGUCUCUCGUAUAAAUGAUCUUCUGUGUCCUAACUGUGCCGAAUCGGAUCUGUCAAUAAACAUUGAUCAAAAAAACCAGGGCUUUUGCAGUAGCCUGAUUCUGGAGUGCAACUGUUGUUGCACGCCGAGACGUCGCCUUUGACGUAAAUGUGCGAAUGGUGCUGUUGGCACACGAGUUGGGCUUGGGUUAUGCUGCGCUGAAAAAGAUCAGCAAGGUUUUGGGGAUCCCUUCCCUUCAUUUGAAAACGUACCAGCGACAUGACAAAAGAGUUACAGGUAGGCUAUGGAAAGAUGAGGAAUGAUUACAGACUUGGAUGAUAAUAAUGUAGGUCUAGUAAUAAUAAAUAUAUGUAGGCUACUGUAUUAGGUAAAUGUACACAUUAUUAUGGUAGAUAGGCAGGGUUUCCCCCAGCACUGUCUUGUUAAGGCGGCCGCCUUAACAAGACUAGGGCCCCGCCUUGACUACCAAUGUAUUAAAAAAAAAAAAAGUUGAAAAAAAAAAAAAAAAAAAAGAAAAGCGAGAUUUUUCUGCCAUGAAUAGGGUAAGCCCAUCAUCUUCUCACUAUCUUAGUUCAAAAUUUAAAAUAUUAAAUAUACAACAUUGACUUCAUUCACUCUAUGUGUAGAUAAAGACAGACCUGCGAAACAGGCUGCAGGGCAAGAGUCUUACAGCCUGCAUGAAGAUCAGCAUCAAUGGCCCACCACUGUCUAAGUUCAAUUACAGCAGGGCGCUAGAACUGUUCUUUGCACAGCCACGCAGAAUUGCAUGCACUGAUGCCUCUUGUCAGCUGUGCCGCAAAUAAGAUCCAAAAAAGGAACUGUAAAUAGUUGAAUUUGCAUACGAAAGUUAAGUGUAUUGUCCAUUAUUUGUAUUUAAUUUGCACUUUUCUUUAAUUUUAUUUUGUAGUGUCUGCAUGUUUGCACAACAUUUGUACCUACUGUUGUUUAUUUAUAUGGAAAUAAACAGUCGUUUAUUUCAUUCAUGCGUACUGGCAUCUUUGAGCAAAAUACCCCCAAAAUUUUUCGGCGCGGCGCUUUGCGCCGCACCAACAACACCACCGACUGCUUACCACCUUGACUGAGACAUUUACUGGGGGAAACACUGAUAGGUAUUAACUCUAUACACAUCCAACAUAAUUAUGUUACACCACUAGUAGUAAACAUAAUACACCAUACAACAGAUAAUAUUAUAUUAGGCUAAUAAUACAUUAUGUUAUUCUUUUGAUUAUGUUAUAAAAAAAAGGACAUAAUAAAAUGAGCAGAUGUUGACACAGUGUGUAUUUUAAUUUUAGUGGCAGAAAUUGAGAGGGGACUAGGGUCCUUGCACAAGGCCAGGGAGAGCAUCAGGCAGGCGUAUGCAGAUAUGGAUCCGGAGGUGGCUGAGUCACUGAGGCAGGAUACGGAUGCUGUCAUAGACAUUGGGGUCUCAUUCGAUGGGACCUGGCAGAAGCGAGGCUUCACCUCACACUACGGUGUGGGUGUCUGCAUUGACAUCCUGACAGGUCUCGUUAUAGAUUACGAGAUCCUGUCAUCUUACUGCCAUGCAUGCGCCUGUAAGAACAGUGUGUUGAAAGCAGGAGAAAUCAGUGAGGAGGAGUUUGACAGCUGGAAAGAAGGCCACAAGGCUGACUGCGCUAAAAACUUUGCUGGCUCCAGCAAGGCCAUGGAGCAGGAGGCUGCCAAAAGGAUGUGGGGUAGGUCAGUGAGCCGUCAUCAGCUCAGGUACACGGAGAUGCUGUCGGAUGGAGAUAGCUCAGCAUUCCGGCAGGUAGUAGAGCUGAAGCCCUACCCGGGUCAGGAGGUCACCAAACUCGAGUGCAUUAACCACGCUCACAAAAGAAUGGGCACUGCACUCAGAAAGAUAAGUGUAGGCAAAAAAUUGGGUGGCAAGGGAUCAGGCAAACUCACGGCAAAGAAGUGCAAAUCUCUACAAAAUUUUUACAGGGGGGCCAUUCUAAAUAAUCAGGGAAACAUUGAGGGCAUGAAGUCGGAGAUAUGGGCGGGCCUGCUCCAUUGCAUGUCUACUGACGAAGUGCCAUUGCACAACAGAUGCAACCCCCAGUGGUGCUUCUUUAGGAGGGCGGAAGACAACGGAGAGACCCCUGACAGCCACUCGCUUCACUCAAAAAACCAUUUGUCUCGGGAAGUGGGUCAGACACUUGUGCCCAUUUAUCAUCGAACGUCAAGGGACAGUCUCCUGCAAAAAAUGCAGCAUGGGGGCACACAAAAUAACAAUGAGUGCCUCAAUUCAGUUAUAUGGGCUCGCUGCCCAAAAACAGUGUUUGUGGGGAGAAACAGAGUGGAGGCGGCUGUAAGCAUGGCCAUAUCAUCUUUUAAUGAGGGUGCGUCAGCCAUCCUUAAUGUGAUGGCCAACCUGUGGCUGGAGAGCACAACAAUCACCCUAAACACCAUCAGGGAAGCUGACAUGCUGAGGGUCACCAAGGCAAAUGCCAUCCUGUCUCCUCAAACAAAGGGAAAGAGAAAACAUGAGAGCAAUGAAAGAAAAGUGAAGUGAGAACAGGAAGAGGGGGCGACAUAUGGUGCAGGGAUGGAAAUGUAGGCCCAAUGUUCUGUAUAUGCAAAUCAAUUAAUUACCAUAGCCCACUUAAACUAGAUUAAAAAAAUGAAUUGCAUGUUUUGUGUAAUCAUUUUGAUUUAAGUUAUGAACUGGUUCAUGAUGAUACAGUAUGUAUAAGUUCAAAUCUUACCUUAUUCACCUGCACAAUACCGUAUAAUUAACCAGCCUGUUACAGCAGUUGUUGGCUUUCUAUGGCUGCCAUGUUAUUAAAUUAUUUAUUUAAAUGUUCUUUAUAUAUUCAAAACUGUUAUGACUAAGAGCUUGAGCCUUUAUUUUGCGUUCUAGUCGAUUUUUGCUGUAUAAAUGUAUGAAAAUCCCCUAUAUAAAUCUUUAAAUGCCGUUUUCUCAAAAUGAGUGUUUUUCCAUUUUUAGGUGCACAUUUCUCAGCCUUUGUAGAACCUAGGUACACCACACUUCCCAGUUUCACACAUAGCAUUGUUAUGAAGACAUCUACACAUGGAUUUAUUUAUAAAUUGUUCCUGGCCAGAUUUAUGGGUCAUUUUACCUGGAAAUCAUGGCGAAAAUAGGGUUUUUAAGGCCAUGGAUAGUAUAUUUUGAUUUCCCAGGUCAUAAAAGCAGAUAUCCUAAAAUCCAUGUGAGGAUUUUUUGUCAUUUGAUAUAUAAACAAAAUAAAAAAAGAAUUUUGGUCCUGGCUUUAUCCCAGUUUAAAAUUCAUGCACCGGAAAUAUAUGCAAAAACGUGCAUAUUUAAUGAGAUUCAGCCUAAUUAGCAUAAUUAAAUAUGCAAAAUUCAAAGACUUGUAAUACAUUUUUUUCUUAUAAUGUAUGUAAUCAACUGGUAAAGUUUCAUGGUGAUCCCUUGUAUUGAAAAUUUUUACCCUAUUCACCUGCCAUGUCUGGCCUUAAAAGACUAUCUUUCAUUUUGCAAAAAAAAAACACAGUAGGCUAUAUUACCAUAUUAAAAUGGUGUACCAAAUUGCGUUUUAUUACAAUGAUAAAAAAGUGUAGGCCUACUAGCCUAUGGUAAGGUCAGGUUUGACGAUGUGCUUGGCUAUUUUAAAGUUUCUCCCUGUGCAUCGAUCGGAGACAGACGUCACUUCACUGAUAAUAUUCUGGGGAUAGGCUACAACAUAGCCAAUAGGCUUUCAUACUAGGGACUUUAUCCUUUAAAUAUCUUUGCGGCAUUGGAUCAGUCUCCUUUCAAGAACAGGCAAGAACUUUCUAGGCUCGCGUCAGCAGCGCAUAUACCUAAAAACAACAGGCGGAUGGCGGGCGGGUGCGGUUUUGAAAAUUGGUCAAAAAAAUUGUUGCGGAAGGAUGGCGGGCGGAUCAAGCGUUUUGUGAUGCGGUUGUGGAUGAAAUAAUAGCCCAUCCGCGCAUCUCUACUGUACACGUGUAACCGGUUAGUAAAUCAUAACCGUAAGGAAAAAUCAGUUAACGAAAACCGAAAAAAUAUAAUAAUAAUUAAAUCAAAAAUAACACAUGCUAUUUAUUUAGCGAUUAAUAAAGCUACAAAUGUUCCACUUGGACAACAUUAAGGAGCUAAUAAAUGCACGCGAUAAAUGUUGGGUAACUGAACACCGGGCAUUAGGCUACAUCAUGUUACGUGUAAGUUCAUGGUUCCAGUGCUGGCCUUACCGUGCGUUCACACCAAAUGCAACGGGGCGGCAAGAUCCCAUACAAAGUGAACGUAGAGACACGUAUCGGGGAAUUUUUCGCGAGAGAAAACCGGCGACAAGUUCUGAUUUGUCGCGCCACACUUUUGCCGUGCACAGGCGAGCGCGUUCACGAGAAUUUGUUGCGCGAAAAAUUUGCUUGAGUUCAAAUAUUUGAACUUUGACGCGAAUUUCGUGUGACGCGUGAUGACAGCCGUUCAACAGCGUGGCCACUGAGUCACAUGUGUAACGUAACAGCCAAUCAGCGUUCAACCGUCAAACUCAGUGCAGUGCAGUCCGGGGUGAACUGCAGCAUGGAGGAGAAAGUGAAUGUUGCUGUUUGCGACUCCCAGAGCUCUAUAUAUAAUAUAAUAGUAUAUAAUAUAAUAUUUGUAUAUAUAAUAUCACGGCCAAAAGCUCUGUGCGCCUCCGGAUGGCCGUAGCGCGGGGAGCUCUCGUAGGGAUUGGGCUUCUCGGGGUUUGUUUACCGGCGUUGCUGUGUUUCCGUUCUUGUGUGUUCCAACGGUUUAUUAGGUAGGCCUAUCUAAUAAAUCUCUGUCUAUUCAAUACUUCAUUCACUGCCUCUUCCGUGGUCAUUACAAUAUUAUGAAUAUACUGCGUCGUGUCCUCCGACGUCUCUCCCUCUUCCACAAAAGGUAAAGAAAAAAAAAAACGGUUAACUGUGUGCACGAAAAAAAAGUGGUUGUGUAACAGUUUACAUAUUUUUGAAACCGUUCAUCCCCCUAUCCACAAUCCAGGGACUCAGAAAGUUCUUUAUUUCUGCUUCGAUGCUAACCUCGCCUUGAGUGGUAGGCCUAUAGUGUUUCCCAAGAAGUCAUUUUUUAAAUCAUAAUGGUCCCACACCAGACUUCUCCGUUGCCUCGUCCGCUUCAUGAUUACAUCGCCGUGUUCCAAUAUCCAUACUAUCCGUACUUACUAGUCUUAAGUUUGAGUACGCAGGGCGUUCCGAUUCAGAUCGGGCGAAAAUAAGUGUACUGAAAACGGUAAAAUCACAAAGUGGGUGGCGAAUGGCGAUGUACACUUUUCGUACUCAACGGCAGCCAUCUUAGCUACGUAGCGGAAGAGGGCGGAGCCAGGCUGAGCCAAAGUCUGCGCAUUUUCCACCGCCUGCAUUCAUAGUCACUUUGUAGUUUUAUAGCUGCUAGGCGUAAAGAGUUCACCGUUCAAAGCGGGAUGUUUAUUGCGGGGGAGGAGCCGCAAAUGUAAAUAUUGGCCCUGUGUGGUAAAAUGUUUAAUUGCACACUGCAUUAGUUUAAUCGAUUAAAAAUGUACGCAAUCGAAAUUCUUAACGAUCAAUUAGUCGAUCGUCGAUUAAUCAUGCCUGGGAUCAGUAGGGAUUACUGAUCAUCCACCUUGAUAGCAAUCGGGGCUACAAGCCCUUGUUUACUUGCACCGCGGUGCCUGAAUCCAGGUCGCUUUUAAUAACAUGAGUGUGCAGUUGUAUCGCAAUAGUUUCGUUUUGGAUAUCAACUUUUUCCGAAAGAGUGAGGGCCUGGUUUUAGUUAUCGAACAUGGAAAGUUACCUCUAAAAGUAACAUCUCCAAAACAUAAAUGUAUUAAAGAAUGCACACCCAAUUAUCAUAAAUCUUUUUUAUGCUGCUACAGAUGCCCAUCUUAUGCCCACCUUUUUACAGCAUGGUCCGCGUUUACACUAACCGAGGUAAUAUACUGGUUUCAUUUCGCACCCCAAUUUACCCUCUCAGACCCUACACAUAAUGGGGGUUUAAUUUUUAUGUAAAUGCAAUUAGACGGCUUUGCGGUUCCAGAGGCGCGACUUGAGUAGGGGUGUUGUUUUGUUGUCUCUACAACAGAAACAACGCAGCGAUAUCAACAUGAGUAGUUCUAACUUGAGAGACGGUGAAAUCCGCGAGAUGCUGACCAUCAUGGGAGAGAAGGUGAUGCAGUCGCAUUUAACAAAGAUGUUGAAAAAUUGUUAUCUAUGAGAAAGACGUAGAGGAACUUUCCUUACUAUGCUUUCGUCAGGAUAAAAAUUAUGUGGUCAGCAAAAUAAUGAAAAUGCUGUCAUUUUUGCACAUGUAAAUAGGGGCCUACACUGCGAUGUUAGUUUACUCAUUCGUGCACGCGAGUGGCUUGAAUAACAAAAAAUUAACCAAGAAAGCCUUCGUCCCGGCUCUUUGACGAAGGCUGAUUAAACCCCUUCGGUUUUACACGGGCAACACAGUGUAACGCAGCUUGCCCACUGCAUCCGUCCGUCAACGGACGACGGAAGGCGUUUCUGACGGAUGUGGUAGUGGUAUUUGCCGACGGAGCCACGAUCUGAUUGGCUGACGGAUCCGCCUGAAAAGUUAACAUUUUCUCAACUUCUGAACGCAAGAGACGGAGCCGACAGAACGGACGGACCCACAAUGCAUUUUGGGAUCGCCCCAUGCAAAGUCAAUAAGAUCCGUAAACGGACGGAUGCAGUGGGCAAGGGGUGUAAUUACAGGGGGUGCUAAGCCGCGACCGUACCGGCUUGGCAGUGUAAAAAUGCCUAUUGACCCUCUCAUCUUCGAACUGCCAUUCGCUACACUAUUUUGCAGUAUAACAUUAUAAUUGAAUCCUCUUAAUACAAAAUAUAUUUUGGUGAUAGGCCGGAAUAUUAGUCUUCAGUAUGCUAUAAAUUGGGAGUUGAAUCCAACUUUAUUUUUCACUGGUGCGAUUAUUAUUGGAAAUAACCACAGAAGGAAACACACAAAAUGUUGACAGACUGAUGUUUUUGCUUUGGUUGACUUUGGUUUUCAUUUUAGGAGGCAUACAAACGCCUAAUCUCACGCACAGAAAACAGAAAAAAGAUUGUGUAACAAAGAGAAGACAAGAUACUGAAGUCGAUUUUGUUUUAAUUUCAGUUUCAAGCUCAGUGUUCCCUUCUGUGGUCAAAGUUGAUAUGCCAGCCCAAUAGCAGGUAACAUCAUAUUUGUUUGUGGCGAUUCCUUCUGUAUCUGGUUAAUUAGUGAAUUAUUUUUUAAAAGGGGACAUAUGAAAAAAACACUUUUCCUGGGAUUUGGGGUGUUGUUUUGGGUCUCUGGUGAUCCCACUUGCAUACAAAAGGUCUGUACAUGAUUUUUAGAGUGAGAUAUGCAUUUCUGAAAGUACCCAGCCUACAGUUACCAAACGAGCCGUGACAUUAGAUAUAAUAUUAUAUAAAUGCCCAUAUAUAAUAAUAGCGCUCCAGGAGUCCGCAAACCGCAGCAAUCCCUUCUCCUCCAGGCUGUGGUUCAGUCUGACAGCUCAUUGGUCAAUGGGCAGCAGCUCAUUUGCAUUAAAGCUACAGACACCACAAACGGCGCACUCUGAAGGGACUGAAACAGAGGGGAAUAGCGGUAGGCGAGAUCUUUUUUUUCCUAAAAGCUAUUUCCAGCAAAAAACGUAAACAUGUUUUCUAGAACUCAAAUACUAUGUUUACUUGUUGGGAAAACACCAUAUUAUGUCUCCUUUAAAUUAAAUAAAAAAUAAUCGUGAGAUUUGUGAUCCAUUUCUAAUGCCUCGUUUCCAGUUGGACAGGUUGGUUACGCUAAAUCAAGCUUUUGUUUCCACCGCCGACGGAACCCUAAUCGUAGGGGCUGGGUUUAAGCCGGAUGGCGAUAGCCGCAGCAGCUACGGAAGCAUUGUGCAUAUAAUAAUAAUAAUAAUAAUAAUAAUAAUAAUAAUAAUAAUAAUAAUACAUUUAAUUUAGAGGAGGUGUCACGUUAAAAUUGUACCGGCCUACGUCAUCAGUUGUUGACACCUUGACAACUGAUUUGAUUGGGUUGUCCGUUGCCGGGCAGGUUUCAAAGAACAUUCGGCUCAUGUUUCCAAAGGCGAAAUAACAUAAUACAGAUAACGGAUCGCUAGAUAACACUUGUUUUUACUUUAUAUUUGUAUUGUAUUGAAUUGUUUAAUCGAAUUUAGCUAGUAAACUGAGUGUUUAAAGUAGGUUUCAAAAACCUGUCUUGUCACGCUCAAUGAAGGAGUGCAAUGAACGAGCAUGAAAGUUCGCGAAUGUUCAAGAACCUUCCUACGUCAUUCGACGCGAUCGCCCGUUGCCAGGCAACAGACGAUCGCGUCGCCCGUUGCCAGGCAACAGACGAUCGCGUCGUCUGUUGCCAGGCAGGUUUGGAAUUUGUCAACAACUGAUGACGUAGGCCGGUACAAUUUUCGCCACCGGUACAAUUUUAACGUGACGGCGCCUUUCAAGGCACCCUAGGUCACCUGACAGAGCAUAAAGUCAUCAUAAAUCGUUUAAAAACAAGACAUUGUGAAAAAAAUAAUAAAUAAAACAAAAA